AUGACGGAAGAGAUUUCCACCUCCGGCAACCGAUCUGUUGAGAUCAUUGAUGGCAUUAAUGGCCUCCAAAAAGUUGUCCUCCAUCAACACCACGGCAGUUCUGUUGAGGUAUAUCUUUAUGGGGGACAUGUGACAUCUUGGAAAAAUGAGCAAGGUGAAGAGUUGCUAUUUAUGAGUAAUAAGGCAACCUUCACGCCUCCAAAUCCAAUACGAGGGGGAAUUCCUAUAUGCUUCCCUCACUUCUCAAAUGUAGGCUCUCUUGAACUACAUGGAUUUGCAAGAAACAGAUUAUGGAGUGUUGACAAUGACCCCCCUCCCUUCCCCACUAAUCCCACAAAUAGAGUUUUCAUUGACUUGAUUUUCAAAUCCACUGAAGAUGAUUUGAAGACAUGGCCUCACAGGUGAUCUUAAUUGCACCCCUUUUGUCUACUAGACAUUCUUAAUUAUGCUAUUUUGUUAUUUUGUAGCUUUGAAUACCGAUUGAGGGUUAGUCUUGGACCUGUUGGAGACUUGCUGUUAACAUCUCGUGUCAGAAAUACAAACACAGAUGGAAAACCAUUUUCUUUCACUGUUGCAUAUAAAACCUAUUUUUCUGUUUCAGAUAUCAGUGAAAUCCGUGUAGAAGGAUUGGAGACGCUGGAUUAUCUUGACAAUUUGCAGAAUCGGGAGCGAUUUACAGAACAAGAGGAUGCGAUAACUUUUGAAUCAGAAAUUGACAAGGUUUACCUGAGCACACCAACAAAGAUUGCAAUCAUUGAUCAUGAAAAGAAACGCACAUUUGUCAUUCGGAAAGAUGGCCUUCCUGAUGCUGGGGUUUGGAAUCCAUGGGAUAAGAAAGCGAAGGCUAUGCCUGAUUUUGGAGAUGAUGAAUACAAGCAUAUGCUUUGUGUGGAGGCUGCAGCAGUGGAAUACCCGAUUACAUUGAAACUUGGAGAGGAAUGGAAAGGAAGGCAACAACUUUUGGUUGUUCAUUCAAGCUAUUGCAGUGGGAAGCUUGACCCUCACAUAGUUUGUUAAAGCUGCAGUUGAAGGAACAUCGGAUGUUUUAAUACCAUCAUGUACAGGUAUAUAUAAUUAUGUUCAAUCAUAAAUGAUAAAACCACCUACUUUUCGUUA